GCUACUGCCAUGUGUGUGAGGCCGUGCUGCUGUUUGAAUCUCAGCGGCUGUCUCACUAUGAGGGAAAGAAACAUGCUCAGAAACUCAAGGUGUACCUACAGGCCAAGAAAGCAGAGAAGAUAAGCAGAGAGUCCACAGCACCUCAGCGGACCAUGAACCACUGAUAAGGAUCGUUUCUGUGAGCUGUGUAAUAUGGUGUUUAGCUCCUCCUUGGUGGCAAAAUCACACUAUGAAGGCAAAGUCCAUGCAAAAAAUCUUCGUAAACAAGGUCUUCAGCCCCCAGUCAUAGACAGGUACACAGAGACGUGCACUUCACCAAGUCUGACUGGGGGUCCUGAUAAUGCCGACCAGAAAUCAGCUCCAGAGAGUGGUACGGAGCACCAUGUGGAUCCAGCACCCACCACAACUACCCUGAGUACAGAAGUUGAUCUGAAGGACCCUAACAAGUACUGCCCUCUAUGUGCUGCUUCUUUCAACAAUCCCCAAAUGGCUUUGCAACACUACAAUGGACGAAAACACCAGAGGAAUCAGGCCAGACAGGAUCUGAUCAAAGAGCUGGGAGACGAUGUUCAACAAGCUAACUCCCUGAUGUGUCAGAUGUGUGGUAUACAGUUUAACUCAGUGGAGAUGUACCAGGCACAUAUGCAGGGAAACAAGCACCAGAUUAGAGAGAAGAAGGUCAUUGACCUCUGCAAAUCUCAGCAAAAAGUCUACAGCACAUUUGCAGAUGAACUGGCAGAUUACAUUCAGGUUCAGAAAGCUCGUGGACUUACCCCCAAGACAGGUCAAGUCCUCCCUCAGGGUGGCGCACAAAAGGAGGAUGAAGAAGAUGAAGAGGAAGAACAGGAAGUAUCAAACAAGGCGCAGAUCAUAGAAUUGAAAAAACCUAUGCCCAACCUCCCUCCCACCUCUGACCUUCCUCAUCAGUCCCGUCCUGGUUGCUACUACCCAGCUGAAAGAUGGCACUCUCCAUACCAAGGCCCUCCCUGGCCGCCUCAUGGCUGGGGUUAUAACUGCCCUCCUCCAGCCCUCCCAGGCGUAGGCUCUCCACAAUUCACUAGUCAGCCCAUUAAGAGAAGGAGGAGCAGAAAGCAGUCAAGCUCCUCCUCGUAUUCUGCCUCAUCAUCUUACUCCUCCUCAUAUUCCUCCUCCUAUAGUAGCACAAGUGACAGUGAUGAUAGUGAAUACAGGAGAAGAGAAAGGAGGAGGAUUAGAAGAUCCAGGAAGGAGCGAGGCAGGAGGGCAAGAGAUGAGGACUCAGACAAGGAGGAGAGGAGGAGAAAACGGCAGAGGAAGGAAAGAGAUAUUGACUCAGAGGAGAGAAAAAGGGAGGAAUCUGGAGAUUCAGAGCAAGAGAGGAGGAGAAAAAAGCGAAAGAAACAUGGCAAGCAGAGACGAAAAGAAAAAAAAUCCCAGGAAGAGGACUUUGAGGAGGAACAGGUGAUGGACAGUUUAAAGCCAGAGGACAUGAUGGACAAUAGAAAAUAUACUGAAGUGCACAUUCAGGCUGAAAUUAAUGUUGAGCAGGGGGAGGGUGGGCAGGAUGAGCCAGCCAAACCCAAAUACAGGAAAGAGAAGAAGAAAAUGAAAGAGAAAGUAGACACUAGGACAGAAGAGGAGAAGUUGUGGGAUGACUCCAUUCUGGGCUGUUAAACUCAACAGAGCCAGCUGAAGUGCUGACAUUUAGGCAGAACAUGAAGGUAUCACGAGCAUGACUUUGACAUUUUCAAAACAGUGUAUAUUAAAAUUAUUAAAAUAAUUUUGAUAGUAAUUAACAAAGCAAUUUUCACCAUCUGCUCUGAUUGCCCAAAAGUGCUGUUCUCCAUAGGUGUGCUAGCUGGCUAGCCAUGCUUAGUCAAUUUGUGUUCCUAAGGAAUGAAUGUUAUUCUUAUUUCAGUGUGUUUGAAUGAGUUUCUCACACAUAUCCACAGCUAUAAUAACUUUAUUUUUCACUAUGUCACUUAAUAAUAUCUUUAAUUAAAUUAAGAUCUCUUAUUUUCUUGCCUAUCAUUUAGAAUAAUCAAGAAGUAAUCUUGACCUCUUAAUGCACCAGUAAAUUAAAUUCCGUUCGAUUGUGUGUUAUGUGCUGCUGGCAAGGACGUGUUAGAUUGUGAUCCCUUUUAGAGCCUGUGGUUGGCGCUGUUGAGCUUCAUUCAGAGCAUCAGUAAAGCAAAUAAAAGCCCACAGAUGUUUGAAGCUUA